GCGCGGUGGCUCGAACUCGGCUCGUUCUCGCGUCGCACCAUUGUUGUUCGCAGUGUAGCCGCGACGUUCGGCCGGUUGUGGUCACUGGUUGCUGGUGUAACAAACUGCCGGUAAACAAAAUAAUGUGUGCACGUAACAUCCCUCGCGAGUGUAACAAACGACAGUGUGUGAUAACGAGAAUGUAACGUGGGUGUUGUGUAUAACAGUGUGUUUUUUGGACGUGUCUUGAGGAUCAUCCUGGACAACGCCAUGCUUAGAUUAAAUUCGCAGCGAAAUCAAACGGAAGACCUCAACCUUAGCAUCUUAAGUUCAACCUGACAAAAGUUAUCUGUGAUCUCAUUUAAUUAGUUUUAGUUAAAAAAACAAUCGCCUAUCAUCUAGUUUAGUUUAAGUGCGCGAAACAUAUAUUAACAGUUACAAAAUGUUGGUAACCAUCCGGCUCGAAGGACCAUUUUGAGUUGGAAGAUUAAAAUGCUCGCCGCAAUUUAGCAGUCGGUCAUGGAUGACAGAUAGUAUGUGUUGCUGAAGGAUGGGAUAAUGGAAGUUGGGGCGUUGGGGUCUUGAAAAUGCCGCAUGCGCACUCGAGUUCUGCGGCGAGCUCGGGCGGCGACGACCUGGGCUCCACGGACGAGGUCAAAGUAUUCAAAGACGAAGGAGACGGUGAGGACGAGAAGAGAAGUUCGGAGAACCUGUUAGAGGAGAAAUCUAGCCUUAUCGAUUGGACUGAGAGUGAGGAGAAAUCCGGUGAACCGUAUUCCGGUAAACUAUCUGUGAAGUCGGAUCUCAGUCCUGUUUUUGGUAAAUUCGAACCGCAUCCAGCAGCGAGCUUCAAUAUGGGAUACCUCAUGGCUCCUUACCCUUAUCCCAAUGGCGGAGCGCAUCCUCUGCCUGUGUCUAUGGCAAGCAAGAUGGGGUUACCAGCAGGGGGUGGUCUCUCCCUGUUCUGUCCCGGAGGAGACCUGGGACAGCCGCCGCCCGCGCACAUGGGCAUCCCUCCCCCCUACCAGCUGGAUUCCAAAUUAGCGGCGGGGUUAGCGAGGACACCAAUGUACCCCUUCCCAGGGGGUACGUACCCCUACCCCAUGCUCAGUCCGGAGAUGUCGCAGGUAGCUGCGUCGUGGCACACCCCGAGCAUGUACCCCAUCACGUCGGCGGCCAGCGGUUUCCGGAGUCCGUAUCCCACCACGCUGCCCAUCAGCAGUUCUAGUCUAUCGAGGUACGAUGAAUUGUACCGGUUCUCCCCGACGCUGGGCGGCGGCCUAGGCCUAGGUCUGGGCCCCGCGCUGGUGGCGCCGCACCCCUCUAAGGCGGACUUGUUCACGCACCAUUCGAGGUCGCAAGACAAAGGCACCAGCAGCAGCUCCGCGUCAGAGAAACCCUCGGACAGUUCCAACAACAAGGAGCAGAACAAGAAACCUCACAUCAAGAAACCACUGAACGCCUUCAUGCUGUACAUGAAGGAGAUGAGGGCGAAGGUGGUUGCGGAGUGCACCCUCAAGGAGUCGGCCGCCAUCAACCAAAUACUCGGCAGACGGUGGCACUCGUUGAGUCGCGAGGAGCAGGCAAAGUACUAUGAGAAAGCCAGGCAGGAGAGACAGCUCCAUAUGCAGCUGUACCCCGGGUGGAGCGCGAGGGACAACUACGGUUACGGUUCCAAAAAGAAAAAGCGGAAAAAGGACCGCGGUCCCGCUGAGCUGGGAGGGAAUAAUUUGAAGAAAUGUCGAGCGAGGUAUGGUCUCGAUCAACAGAACCAAUGGUGCAAACCUUGCAGGCGGAAGAAAAAAUGCGUGCGCUACAUGGAAGCCCUGGCAGCGGCCACGGGGACCGUCCCGCUGCCGAUGGCGACCCCGCAGUCCCCCUGUUCUGAGGAGGACGUCAAACUGGAGGAGCUCUCGGACGCGUCGAGCGACGAGGCCGACACCCCCCUCAACUCGGCCUCGAGUCCGGGAGGGCUCAGCGCGCUCUCCUCCCUGGCCUCCCCCGCGUCGGACCCCCCUCCGCCCCCUAGGAACCCGGUGGGCACGAACCCCAGGGACGCAAAUAAUCCGCUAUCGGUUGGCCAGUUAACCUCCCAGUCGUGGCCGCGCGCAGCCCAGGCGCGACCCGGACAUGAAGUGAUAUCGGUGUCAUAGUGACGGUGGAACACGUCCGUAGCCUUCGAAAGCGCGGACGCGACUGCACGCCAGCCGGCCUUGAAAUUCAAAUUCAGAACUCUCUCGUUAUACUCUGUGACGAUUUCAACUUUUUCGGACAUUGUAACGCACGGAACGGACUUUGAAAACAAAGUUGGAAUUGUAAUAGAGUUUAAUUCGAGUACGAUCAACCGUUUACUGGGUUACGUAGUUUGUGUUUGUUACUCAAUAAGACAAUUAUAGAACAAUAGGGAGUGAAUGAACAUUUUCUUCAGUAAACGGUGGCACAGUGACAUCUGUUGUGAAACUUCGGAAUCGAUUAGCAACGCCAUCUAUCGCGCUGGCUCUGAAUCAGGUCGUGUUUUGUAGUUGUGAUAAAACAAGGUACCAUUGAACGCCGUUUUGAACUGGUCUCAGCUACAGAUGUAUUUCGGGUGCUAAUUAGACACGGGUUUUCGUGUGAUUUUUUCGGAAUACCCACAUUUUUUAGCUUCGAUUUUAAAUUUCUGCUUUUUAAUGAAAAUAUUGUUCUACGAUUGAAUGCAAUAUUUAUAAACAGCGUGUAAGCGAUUUCUAUUCUGUUGUUUUCAAAUGGCCUAAUGCAUUUAUUCGUAAUAAACAAAAUGUGUGGUAUUACGUAAAAAUCACACUGUUCUGUGAGAAUUAUAUCUAUAUUGACGUUAUAUAUAAGAUCCAUCAACUUUAUAAUAAGUCCCGAUAUUAAGUCAUCGUUUGAUCUCAAAAUUGUGAGCCCACAUCGAGUCAUUUCUGUGCAUUUUAAUAUUUCACGCUUUCUCUGUGUACCCUCAAACAGCUAUAAUUUCCAAGACUAGUCACAACUUCUUGUGCCAUUUUAUCCAUACACGCCGAGUCAUUCAUAAUUUCCGUUAUUUUUGAACGUAAGUUGCUUUAAUUAAUAUUAUUAUUGUGUCCUUAGAGCCUCUUCAUACUGUAAGAGCGUUUACGAUCAACUAUUUGUCAAAUAACUUGAUCGUCUGCGGCUUUGUUUGAAGCGUUUGUCAAUGCUUAAUGAAAGAGUCAAGUUUGACAAGCAAGUUUGUCAAACAUGUUUGAUCAUUAAUUGUGUUGCAAUGCAAAAACAAGUACUAAGUAUAGCGAUUUGAAAAUUGCUAAAUUUAUCUGUGACAGUCAUUCUUUCUAGCUUUCGACGUUUGCCAUGAAGAGGCACUUAGUGAUUUUUUUUUGAAUAGGACUUAAAUCCUAUAAUAGAGAAUUUUUAAUUUUUUCUUUCUUAAUUUUGAGGAAUUAUAAUUUUGGUUAAAUUUGUAGAAGAUGUAAGAAAACAUUUUUUUAUGUAUACGAAAAUUUUCGUUUUUUUAUUUUUCUUGAAGAAUUAUUCGUUUUGGUUGAACUUAUGGAAGAUAUAAGAUUUUUUUUUGUUUUAUCUUUAUUACAGUUUUGACAAUGCACGGACAAAGUAUACAUAGCUCAUAGCCAAGCGAUUCUCGCUUUUACUGCUCUCUUAAUACGGACUUUUUGAUAUCCUAAUCUAUUUAAACUUCUUGACGGCCAGAUAAAAGGUUCCAUGUAGAGUUAGUGUUUAAUUUUAGUUUUGCCCGACCGCACCAGAGGGAGGGUAAUGUUUUAAAAAAUGAAUCCCUUCGGCACGAACAUGUAUAUAAAUAAUGUUUUAAGGAGUUAUUGCGAAGGGAGAGCUGUUUUUCCGUUGUGCGGAACUUAGACUGUCGUAGUAUAGAUUAGGCACAUUGUAUGAGUGGAGCUAAUAUACGAUGAUGUACCGACGGCGCUUUUGUGCAUAUAUAUCUAUAUAAAUACAGUGUAAACUCAAUGUGUCACUCGAUUUAACGUCAAACUCGCUAUAUCGUCAAAACGUGACUUUGAUUGGUUUAGCCUGUUCUCCAUACAAUGAUACACUCUAUAACGUUACACCCACUCUCUAUAACGACAAUGAAGUAAUAAAAAGUACCUUUUAAGUUACCAAAAUUAGUUAAAAAAAGUUAUAGAGUUUACACUAUAUAUAUUUUUUUUAAUUUUGUGUAAGCAUGCCUUUUCUAAUUUUGGACGGUGUUUGUCCAACGAUUACUAUUUAAAAUCACAAUCAAAAUUCUUUUGUUUGAUGUAGGCUUAGUUUAUAAUCAGUUUUGAAACUUCAAAUUUGUCUAUUUGUUCAAAAGACAGGUUCUGCUCAGAAGAGCCAGCUAAAAACUCAACAGUUGCUCUUUUAAAAUUACAAUUCUUUACAAUAUUUAUUAUCAAUACAUUAAAAACCAAGCUUUUUAUUACAACUUAUUGGGAGACAUUUUUAUUUUUGAAAUUUGGGAGUUCAUAACACCUUUAGAAGGCAAAUCAUUCGAGCAUAAGGGAUUCAUUCCGAAUGAAUUUACUUAAUUAACCAUUUAAGGAAAUGAUUUUUUUUGAAAAGUUCUCAUCUUGUCUUUAAUUACUCUGAUUAGUGUUAAUUUAAGCCCACAUUUUGGUAAUAAAUAUUUCAGUUAUUGAGCUGGUUGGAAGUGGGUUAUUAAUAUAGAAAAUUUAAAUACGAUUCAGUUGGAUAUACACCAACCGAAUGCGGAAGUAAUACGAUUUUGUUAUAUAUACUAUAUCUACAUUUCAAAAAGUAGUUUGAGAUUGAAAUUUUGUAGUUUCAGUAAUAAGUAUUGUAUGCAAAUUAAUUUUCCGUGAAGCGUUGUCGGUACAGCAUCACCCUGUAUAUUACGUGUAAGUACACAGUGUAAAUGUAUAAAGUCUAGGCUAAUCUAACUGUGUCAUAUUAGACCUAAGUGUAUUAUUCUACUUACAUAUACAUAUAUACAUUAUUAAUAUGGAAAAGAUGUUAAAUAAAGAUUAGUUGAAUAACGACUCAAAAAGUAAAUACGUUAUAUGAAAAAAAAAUUCGAUGUCAUAUAAAUACAUAUCCGGUAUUAAGUUAUUGUUUAAAAAUAAAAUAAUAAAUUUUUACCAAUAACUACUCCCCCUCCCCCCCAGGGUAUAUAAAAACUCGUUUGUAAAUAAAUUUGUAAUUCGCGAAAUGUUUAGUAUAACAUUUUUUUUUUUUGGUGAAAAAAAAAUGAUUGCAUUUAUUAAUUAUUAUUAUUAUUGAUAUAUUAGUACCCUCGGAAUGUUCUUGGAUGGUUCGUUUUGUCCAACAGUUCUUUUUGUUAUUUUAUUGUUAUUAUUAAGAAUUUUAACGUUGUUAAAUGCAAUAUCAACCAUGACUUAUAUAUUAAAAAAACAAUUGUGCUAUGUGAGUGAAACUACUAUACAUAAACAAUAAAAUUAAAUAAAAUCGGCUUAUUUUAUCACAAAAAAGAAUAAUCAUUUUACAAAUAUUUGACAGAAAAAUGAAUACAUCGCAUCGGAUUGAUUUUGCAUGAAUAUGUGCAAUACUGAAACACUAUGGGUACUGUAGUUUUUUUUUUUUAAUUAAAUAAAUAUUAAUUAGAUUUUCCGUAAAAUUCGUUUUAAGGAUAUUUUGAAUUUAAAAUUUAAUAAAAAUAUACGGAAUAUGAUAUUUUGUGUUCGAAAACAAAAGAAAUGUUUUUUUUUUUUAUUUUAUCUAAAUUCGGUUAUCUUGAUAUAUAUUAUAUAUAUUUUUGAAAAUGCAUUCGCAUAAAUUUCGAAAUGUACUAAAACCAUCUUAGAACUUAAAAGAAACUGUUUGCCAGGGAUAUUAAAGUACAGUGAAUUUUUGCUAUUUAUAUAAACUGUGCCAAAUUUUAAUGUAACUUUGGUGUACUUUCAAUGCCUAAUACCUCUGAAGGUCUUUUAUGUUGAUAGAUUUUAUAGGUUGUUUUUAUUGUUAAGAUGGUAAAGACAAGUGGCUCCUGCGCUGAGCUAGGUUAUUUUUUUUUGUAGGAGAAAAAUUGUCAAAUUAGAAAACUCAAUUAUUAGGUCUGGACCCAUGUCUUUGUGUUCAGUUGAACGAAUAUUAUUUUAAUAAACAGCAUAAAAUUGUA